CUCGAGCUUUGAUCGUGAUCGGUUCAGCGUGAAACCCGUCGCUUAUAACCCUACUACUAACCCAAUCACGGUUAUCGCAGUGCUAGAAGUGACACUGGGAAGUUUUGAUAACUGCGAUCUACAAGUCUAUUUCCGCAUCAGCAUCGGAGGUGAGGCAGCUGAGUAGUGGAGACUCCUUCCGCUUUUUCAAUUCGAUCUUACGUAAGCUCAGCCGGAGCCAGCCGCUGGUCGGUGUCAGGCCCAAUGUUCCAGAGUAUAUUCCACUGAUUUCAUGAUCAACGAUUCGUCAUCGCACACCUAACGAUGGGCAACACUUUAUGCAAGGAACCUAACGUAAACAGCUCACUUCGUCCAGGAAGGAUUUUGGACAACUUUGGGAGUUUGGUAUGUCCCAAUGGUAUAGGCAAGAGCAAAACUGGAAUCAAUAAGACGUAUCUAAGCCGACAUGUACUGGAAACUGGCCCCAAAUCGAACACACUGAACAGCUGGCAAAGCGCUGAGCUUACAGUACCCGAUGGGACCAAGGUGAUCGAUAGAGCCCCAGUUGCGCCACCCCGUAGGAAGCGAUCCACGCUGGAACGUGACACAUCGCUUGUCGCACUAAAGGUGAAGAAUGGGUUCAAAGAUGUUUUCGGGGCCGAAAGUCGUCGUCAAUCGUCCGAUGUGCAACCGAAACCGCUGCCGAAACGGGAGGAUACGAGUGACGCAGUACUCCCGAGUCCAUCCCAGACCGGUUACGAGAUCGAUGCUAGCAAUGAUGCGUUCAGUGAUUUCUCCAAGGUCCCAACGAGUGCUGAAACGGAAAACACCGCUGCCGUGGUAUCGGAUCAUAAUGCCACCAAACCGUCCAAAGUUGGUAAUAAAAAAUCGGACAAAUUUUUCGGAGAAAAUCUGUCAGUUUCACUGUCGGAGAAUUCGGUAGUGCCGGAGACAAAAAAGGACACCAUGAAAGACUUAGAUGAAUUGGAUAAAAUCGACCAAUUCAUUGAGAAGAAUGUGCUGAACAAGAGAGCGUCUUUGGUGGAUCAAAAAGAGCAACCUGUAAAAGCAACGAAAACUGAAGCACAAAAAGCUGAAAUGAAAGCUGAAAAAGACUACGCUGCGGAAGAAUUAGCGAAAGAGCAAACACUCAUCAAAUAUAUCGAUGAAGCGGUGGGGAAGGACCUCAAUAUGGGAAAGAAAGCUGAGUUUCUGAUGGCUAUGCUAGAGGACUAUCCAGAGGAUCUCUAUAUAGGUAUGACUCCCGUUGAGGAACCGACGAUAGUCCCGCGAAAACGUAAGACCCGCCACAUCUGUGAAGACGAAGAACACAUGCAUAAUUUGCUACACGAGCAUGAAAUGAAAUCUUCCCAAAAUCUGAUAACUACGGAAGCGUCGAUUGAAACACCACCGCGGAAACCAAGUCGAGAUUUCAGCAAAUACUUGAAUCUGAAGGAUGGCUACAGCGAUUCUGAUGAUUCUAGUUUCACAAGACCUGUUCGUAAGCAUCGACCGAGUCGUAAAAAUUUGCCAGCAGCUCCUAUGCGUCCAAAGUUACCGAAAAGCAUGUCCGAGUCACAAUUUCAGUUCCAUUCGGCUGACGCCUCAACCCCGAAGAAGCUUGAAGAUCCCGAGAAUGCGAAGGCCCAUACACCAAAAACUUUGAAGCGAAUAAUAUCUAUGCCAACCACUGCAAGCUUGCUCAAAGGUGCAGAGUCACGUAGCUCCACUCCUCAGCCAAUAUUGACCAAAAGCAACAGCUCCAGUUCGUUCCUGAUUAUGGAUCUUCAGAAGGAUCAUAUCAGUGUGGGUCGUUUCACUCCUGAAGAUCACCAACACAACGCUGCAGACGAGCUGGUUGCUCCGAAAUCCCGUCUCAAAACGCGAAAAAUCUCCAUAAGAUCCAGUGAAGGAGGCUCGUGUGCCGCAACACCUACCAAGGAGAUGCCACCACCUAGAUUCACGAUUGGCAGUAGAGAGGUCAUUAAAUCGUCUCCGAAUCCACCCGAGGUACCCAAGCGAGCGAAACAUGUCCUUAUCGAUUCGCUAGUUUCAGAUAGACCCAACAAAAAGCCGAUUCCCGCUGAGAUUUUGGGCUAUGAUUUGGGAGGAUUCCUGGAGUCUUCAAAAGUACUGCCCCAUCACGAUAUUACCAAUGUGAUCGAGUAUGUGUACAAUUCUCACGACAGCAACGAAAAUAUAAUCGAAGAUUUCCAGAAUUACCUGGAGGAACAGAUUAAUUCGGAAAUCAACGACCCGAACUCGAAAAACCCAAAUGUUGCUAAGCUGUUGGAAAUAUUAAACCAAAAACAGGAGAAGGAAGAAGAGAAGCUAGAAGAUGUGAACAUAGAUCUGGUCGAAACCGAUUGCUCCAACAAGUCCUCGGAUAUGGAUGAUUGUUUUGAUCCGGAAUUUGAGAAAAUCGAGAAAAUAGAUGUUGAGGAUAAGGAUUCCCCCAAAGAAUGUCACCAGAGCGUGGAGAACGUGAGCGAUUGGUUGGAGAGUGCCUCGGAUGCAGAGUCUGUGGUGGAAGUGUCCGACAAGUUGGGCAACAUGGUACACGUGAAGAAUCACCCUCCGCGGCGCAUGAGGAGUGAGAGCAUUGAAGACGUAGACAGUUGGUUUAAGAAUCACAACGAAUCUAUUCCGGGCGAGGAAAUAAUAGGAGUUCGCAAGAAACGUCGAGGAUCGGAUGGUUUCAUCGUUUACGACACAUCGAAGCAAUACCCUUUUGGGGUGGUUCGGCAUCGUCGGGACUCCCUAUCGGCUGAAAUGUUCGAAGAUAUAACCAAGUUACAUGAAAUGGGUGUUAGCAAGGACAAACCCAAUUCCUCGAUAGUUUUGGCGAAGAAUCAUCGGCUCCAGGAGCGUCGUGGUUCAGAUGGUUUGAUAUUGUACGAUACACAGCGAAGGUAUCCGUUUGGAGAACCCAAUACGGAUCUACCCAGAGCCUUAGAGGAGGAAAGUCGGAAGCACAAUACUAACAACGAAACAACCGUGGCGAUUACUAACGCCGACGAUGGUUCAAAGAAACUGCAAUCUGCAAGCGACGAUUCAGAUCAUUCCAAAUUGUUGAAGUUUUUAUCCACGGAGAGUUUACUUGAGUAAAUUGUAUCUAUUAAAUUGUCUCGAGUUAUCCAGUAUUACAAAUGUAUGUAAAUUAGAAGUAGUUCGUAGUCCGGAACAUCUUGCCAUAAAAAUAUUACGUAUCCAGACUCGGAUAGCCGUAUGCAUAUCAUUGUAAAAUGUAUGGCCAACUGAAAAGCUCGUCUCGGAUGUUGCAUGAUUAUUUUAAAAUAUAAUUUUAGAUAAACAUUC